ACCGCACACUACAUAGUGAUAGUCGCCUGAGCACCUCGACGGGCUCGGUGUCGGAGUACCUCACCCUCAAUCAGAGUCGGAGUGCAAUCGCGGCGAGGCAGAUUGUGACCGUAAAUUCGAUAUAAUUGUGCCGCGUGCUGAGUCGGCGAGGGCGCGACAUAUCGGCCUGUGGGGCAUUGUGCGUGCACUGAUCUCAGCAUUUCGGCUGUUGCUGCGGUCGGGAGCUGCAAGCGGCGCCUGUUGGCGAACCAGUUGGUGCCCUAGUUCUAUAGUGAUGGCUUUAUAGCUGCGAGGCUCGUUACUUCAUCAACAUUAGAGACAGUAGUGCGCCUGGAAAGGAAAAACGGAGCGAAUACGAGCCGACUGAAGCACAAGACUACAAUACUCCCUGUUAGUUUGACAGCGAUCGACCAUGGAUUCGGACCAGGUGCAGUUUGGGUUGACCCUGAAGCAGCUCAGGGACCUGAUGGACCUGAGGGCUGCAGAGGCGGUCAACAAGAUCGAGCAGUACGGUGGCAUCAAAGAAGUUUGCAAAAAGCUGCACACAUCGCCGGUCGAGGGGCUGAGCGUGCCGACGCGAGACAUAGAAAGACGCCGCGAAGUGUUCGGCUCCAACGUGAUCCCGGCCAAGAAACCAAAGUCGUUUCUCGCGCUCGCCUGGGAGGCGGCGCAGGAUUUUACUCUGUUAAUUUUAAUUGUGGCGGCACUCACGUCACUCAUACUCGGCUUCAUUGUUCCUAAAGACGAAGUCAAACCCGUGGCAGGCGAGGAGGAGCACCACGGCUGGAUCGAGAGCUUAGCCAUCUUCAUAUCGGUGAUCGUUGUCGUGUUGGUCACCGCUUUCAAUGACUGGUCCAAGGAGAAGCAGUUCCAAGGCCUGCAAGGUAGAAUCAAGGGCGAACACAAGUACUCGGUGCUCAGAGGUGGAGAAGUCAUUCAGAUCCCAGUCGGCGAGAUCGUCGUGGGAGACGUCUGUCAAGUGAAGUAUGGCGACCUGUUGCCUGCCGACGGUAUCAUCAUCACUGGCAACGAUAUGAAAAUGGAUGAGUCGUCUCUCACGGGCGAGUCGGACCACGUAAAAAAAGGGGAAAACACGGAUCCUAUGCUUCUGUCUGGCACCAAUGUGAUGGAGGGCAGCGCUAGAAUGCUGGUAACAGCGGUCGGCAUCAACUCGAAGGCCGGCAUUAUUUUCACUCUGGUAGGCGCAGCCAAGCAGAAGAAGAAGGCCAAAGGAGGUAAAGUGUCAUUUUUCAACUCGCGUGCUCACCCAGAACGAGCUAAUUGGGUGCCUAUGCGAUCAGACGACAGUUCUAGUUCGUCGAGCAACUUCGGCGGCUCGACCGAUGAGAGUUCCGAAAAGAAAGAGAAGUCUGUGCUGCAGUCGAAACUGACUAAGUUGGCGUUGAAUAUCGGGUACUUUGGCACCGCCAUCGCCUUGCUUACCGUGAUCAUCCUGGCCGUCAAAUUCUCGAUCAACACUUACGUGAUCAACGAGACUCAGUUCCAGUGGUCGCAGCUGAACGAGUACAUCGGUUUCAUCAUCACCGGUGUAACCGUUCUGGUUGUCGCCGUACCUGAAGGUCUUCCGCUCGCCGUCACCCUGUCUCUGGCUUACUCUGUCAAGAAAAUGAUGAAGGACAAUAACUUGGUGCGGCAUCUCGACGCUUGUGAAACGAUGGGAAACGCGACCGCUAUUUGUUCGGACAAGACUGGUACUCUCACUACAAACAGAAUGACGGUUGUGCAGUCUUUUGUUUGCAAUAAGCUGGCUAGAACGUGCGAUGAAUUCCUUGCAGUGCCCGACAAAGUUGAGGAGAUGCUGAUCAGGUCGAUCGCCAUCAACUCGGCUUACACCUCUCGUGUCAUGCCUGGGGAGCCGGGCGAGCUGCCCAAGCAGGUCGGCAAUAAAACCGAGUGCGCUCUGCUCGGCUACGUGACGAGUCUGAGCAAAAGCUACGAGAAGGCGCGUCUCGAGUGCCCUGAGGAGACAUUCACCCACGUGUACACGUUCAACUCUGCCCGCAAGUCGAUGGGCACUGUGGUCUGCCGGCAGGGCGGUGGAUUCCACCUGUUCGCCAAGGGCGCGUCUGAAAUCAUGCUGCAAAAGUGUUCAUUCAUAUACGGUGAGGGAGGAGUGCUGGAAGAACUGACAGCAAAGAAGCGCAACGACUUGAUCACCAAGGUGAUCGAGCCGAUGGCUUGUGACGGCCUACGCACCAUCUGCAUCGCACACCGUGACUUUGUACAAGAGAAUGCGGCGAAAAACGAGAAGCUGAUUGAACGCGAGCCCACGUGGGAGGAGGAAGAUGACAUCUUCUGUAACUUCACCUGCCUCGGCAUCGUGGGCAUCGAGGAUCCAGUGCGGUCCGAGGUGCCUGACGCCAUCAAGAAGUGCCAGACUGCCGGCAUCACUGUCCGCAUGGUCACAGGCGACAACAUCAACACAGCCAGGUCAAUCGCCACCAAGUGCGGUAUUUUGCAGCCUGGAGAUGACUUUUUGGUGCUUGAAGGCAAAGAUUUCAACGAGAAAAUCAGGGACGAAAACAAUCAGAUCCAACAAGAGCUGAUUGACAAUAUUUGGCCCCGGUUGAGGGUGCUGGCGCGGUCGUCACCCACGGACAAGUACAACCUGGUUAAGGGCAUCAUUGACAGCAAGGUGAAUCCAAACCGCGAGGUGGUGGCCGUCACUGGCGACGGAACCAAUGACGCGCCCGCCCUCAAGAAGGCCGACGUAGGCUUUGCCAUGGGCAUUGCCGGUACUGAUGUGGCCAAAGAGGCGUCAGACAUCAUUCUUACUGACGAUAACUUCAGCAGCAUUGUGAAAGCUGUGCUUUGGGGCCGCAACGUGUACGACAGUAUCUCCAAAUUCCUGCAGUUCCAGCUGACGGUCAAUGUGGUUGCUGUGACGGCUGCUGUCAUCGGAUCGGUCCUACUCAACGACAGCCCCUUAAAGGCUGUGCAAAUGCUUUGGGUCAACCUGAUCAUGGACACUCUGGCCUCGCUGGCUCUAGCCACUGAGAUGCCCACGCCUGACCUACUCCUGCGUAAGCCAUAUGGCCGCACAAAAGCGCUCGUCACGCGCAGGAUGAUGAAGAACAUCAUUGGACAAGCAAUAUAUCAGCUCGCCGUCAUCUUCUACCUCCUCUUUGCCGGUGACGUGCUGCUGCAAAUCGAAUCAGGACGUGAUGAUUCCGUUCCAACCCAGCAUAUGACAGUUGUGUUCAACACCUUCGUUAUGAUGACUUUGUUCAAUGAAAUAAACGCAAGAAAGAUUCACGGCCAGAGAAACGUGUUUCAAGGAAUCUUUACCAAUCCCAUCUUCUACGGCAUUUGGAUUUCCACCUUUGUUCUUCAGAUUUUGAUCAUUGAGUUUGGAAGCGCGUUCUUUUCUACAAAAGCGCUCAGCAUCGACCAGUGGAUGUGGUGCUUGUUGUUCGGCGUUGGCACUUUGCUCUGGGGCCAGCUGAUCAUUUCUCUGCCAAACAGAAUGGUUCCCGAGAAGUUCUCACUGGGAAAAGAUGAUCCCGCAUUGCAAAAACAACCAGUUGGCAAGCCAAGUCCCGGGCAACUUCUCUGGGUGCGGAGUCGUAAGAGAAUACUCUCGCAAAUUCGUGUAGUGAACGCAUUUCGAGCAACAAUUGACACCACCAGACUGCAAGGGGCAGCUAUUAAGAAGAUUGAAGGGUCGUAAGGUGACCAAUAAUGCGUGGCGACAUACUGUAUGUUGUUGUAAAGUUAGUAAUUUAUGGUUUCAUUCUUUGAGGAGUGACUUUUUAACGGCGUUUUAACUUCUUAGUUAUGUAAUGUGUGUAAAUAGCAUGAUACAGGCGUUUAAACGAUUUUGGAAGAGACAAUUUUAAUCGCCUUGUACUAAGCAAGAAGGAUUGUGUGCUACUGAUUGGUUCCAAGCAGAGCAUUAUCUAGGUUACAUUUAAAGCAAAGUAUUAACUCAAACCGAUUUCUAUAUGACACUGCUCCCCCAUAUUAAAAUUGAAGCAAGUGAACGACGAAACAUAUUGGCCUUUUCAAGCACGGUGAGUUUUCUAGAUGCGUUGUUGAAAUUUUGCUGUUGUCCUUACUCAAGUUUUCUAUCACAUAUUUUGAGCAGUGUUGCAUUCGUUAAAUUGAAACAAAAACGGGUUUGCGAGGCUUAUCGUUAGAAACACCACGGUAAAAGGUGUUUCGCGUGGACAAUGCCUAAAGGGCCUUUUUUUAGCUCAAUGCUGGCAUCGUUCACACCAACAUACAAAUUCAAACGACUUGAACAUUCAUUGAAGGAGAUACAAAAUAUAAGUCUUGAGUACUACUCGGCUAGAAAAAUAUUAAACGUAUCUUAUGCCAGUCAAACAAAUUUUUAAGGCAAAUAUUUUUAUUUUGGAAAGUUUAAUCAAAAAUAAUUGAGAAAAACAUUCAAGAUGAAGCAAUUGUUUUGGUUUCUGAGUGUUCAGGUCGUUAAACCCCCAGAAUAUCAUUUACCUGUCGGUGUACUAUUUUAAAUAUUCAAAGGCGAGAACUUAAUAAUCUUUCACCAUUUGUGGUCGAACCCCUAGCUAUAUCAAUAUAAAUAUUCUAACUAGACGAGAGUAAAUUCACAUAAUAAAAAAUCAGUAAUAUAUCCAUUAUAUGUGUUCAUAGAUGAAGAGUGAAAUUUUACGAAAUUACUGAGAGAAUCUUGUUUAGCGAGGUAUGCAUGUGCAUAAUAUCAUAUAAAACUAUACAUAAACUAAUUUUUCACUUAACAUGCACACACUUUGUACACACUUUACUAUGCGAGAGGGGGAAAAUUUUUGUCAUUCCGCCUCUCCGUGUCUGUUACGAGUGGUUUACACUCUUUCGACGAUUAUUAUAGGCCUCUGUCAGACAUGACUUAAGUAGCGUUUCCAAAGUGAUCCGAUGAAUUUGCAAACGGGUUCAUGCGGGGGCCGAGGAACUUGGGCCCGCCACGCACGCACGCGGCUGCGGGGGUUCAAUAAUCUGUAUUUUGUGUAGCGAAGCAAACCGAUGGGUUGGAACUCGACCCUCGACCCAGACUGUUUUUGCACUCUCCGCGUUGCCGCUCAGUACGUUGUUGUUCCGAGCGGUGCGUUUGACACGCGCGCAGCCAACAGCCGUGCCAGUUCGGACCUUUUAAUCACUGCCUUUUCUGUGUAAACACACGCGAGUUGCAAAGGGCAAAAACGACGAGUUCGUCUUUUGCCUCGGUCCUUUGCGUUGACAGCAGAUGGCGCCACUCUCGAUUUCCACUUUUUGUCGUUUGAGUUAAGCAAAGUAAUAGCUUAUUUUUCGGGAAAUUCAUUGAUCGGGCUUUCAGCAUGUCGAUAACUUGUUAAGACUGCUGGGAACGGAUCGACCGCGAACUGACAAUGUAAGCGAAAAAAGUUCCUGAAACUUUAAAAUCGUCGGUGAUGCCAUCUGGUGGCAGCUCUGAACAGAAAGGAUUCGCGCAAGCGGUCAGUUGCGCGUCUUGACAUUCUUCUCUUUCAGUCUGUGUAUUUACACGCAUGUACGCUUUUUGGUGAACACACGUGGUUGCAAAAUAAUUCACAACAAAUGUGUGUUUUUAGCAUUACACAAUCUUCAUCUUUCAGCAGAUUGUUGUGAUUGAUAUUUUUAUAGCAUUAAAUCUGCCGAUUGAUUGUUGGUAAAACAUUUUGGAGCGAGAGGAGAAUUGUACACAUGUUUCUGUAAAUUUUGAAUUUAUACAAACGAUUAUUCCAUUUGCUUGUUGACGCGUUGGCAGUUUUUCUUACUAGUACGUGGUUACGAAAAUUUGAAUUAAUUCCAGCACCAAAUUACCUGUUUCUAGUUCAUCUUGUACAGUAGGCUGUAGAUAUUCAAAUAAGUCGCCUGAUGCGAGAGGCGACCUAACUGAUUGAUCAAGACUAUUGUAAGACGAGAGGGGAAAAGCAACCUUUUCUGAAAGGCGUGCGUGUGCCUGCACACGAGCUUAUUGGGCAAUAUCCUUCCGAAAAAGACUUUCUUGCAACGUGCUGUGUGUGCUUUUGCCACUUUCGUUCAACUCUCCUCAAAGCUGUCACUUAAAGCGGAGGAACAGUUUUGUUGCGGUGGCCCUCAAAGAUGACUAAAAAAUGCUGUAAAAAGUGUCUCUUUCAACUAUUUAAAUGUGUAAUAAUUGGUGAUUCGAACUGAUAAAAUUUGUAAACUUGAGGUACUAAUUAAAACCGGCCCAGUAGAUUCUAAAACCCAGAGUGACGAGCCAGAAAAUGGUUAAAAUAUUAAAAAAUAAUCAAAUUAGGUGGGAAAGUGGGAAUUAAAUCUACACUAGUGCUAUAGUGGCCAAAAAUCGGGUAAAAUUUGCUGUUUGGUUAAACUUAUAAUAAUUGCAAUAGUUCAGACAAAGAAGAUUCAAUGUGAUUGCCAAAUUCUUGACGCAACAAGUAUAUUGCAAAGCCACAUACAAUUUCUUAUAUGCACAGUUUUCUUGUUCUUUAAAGUUGCGAGACAACUAAUUAGAGUCAAAGCUAGGAGGGCGCUGCGUCAAUUAUUGGUUUUCAGAUUGUUAAAAUUUUAAUAUAAAUAAUCUAACGCCUAGAAAAACCCUUGAUAUCAAAAGGUAAAUUCUGUUUACCCGAUUUUCUUAAAAUUAGCAUUUACACCCUUAAGUCUGAUUGAUGUGGUGCAUUAACAUCGUCACUGUGAGAAAAUAUCAGAAAAAAGUUUACAAUAUCAAAUAGUGUCAAACCACAGAGAGGGUACAAACGAGAAUAGUUGCACUGCUUGCGAAGGAAAAUUUUCUAGAAAAGAAAAAACUAUGUUUCUCCUUACUUUAUGCUGGGUAGCGCGCGUACUUGAUUUCAGUAUUAAUUUUAAUUUGUCUUAUUUAGCUUAUGAAGUGUGUUUGUGUGUCAAUCACUAACUAUAUAUUAACAAAUAAGAGUAUGUACAAUGCGUUUCACGUGUACUUAUAAUUAUUUUCACUGCAAUUCCGAGUCUGUAAAGAAGCAAUGUUUGUGUUCAACUUCUAUACAUUUCCUUUCGCGCACUUUUCGGAAAAGUGCCCUACUUAUUAAUGUACUUGUAUUAAUUUUUCUUACCGAGACAAUCGUAAUUUUUAUCUUUACUCCCUCACAUUGUUGAUUAUCGUGCGCAAUUCAUGCACUGGAAAUUAGUAAGAAAUUAAUCCAAUGUUAAGUACGGGACCACUCUACACUCGACUUACUUAGACAGAUUUUCUUGUACUCUACACACGGCGUUCAUCUACUUACAUGCAGGGAAAGGCGAUUUGUUCACCGCGCAUCCUAAUCAUAUAUUGUAGCCCCUUUACCAUUAGUUAAAAGCAGUAACUGAGAAAUCGUAUUAUACUAACUCAAUCGGGACACUUGGAAUUUUUGAACAGAUAAAAAUGGAGCUGUGUGAUGAUAAAGAGAGAAAAAUAAAUAAGCCUGAAAAGUUGACACCUUAAA